UAUUCUAUGUGCCUGACCACAAUUUUUCAAAGGAGUUUAUUUGCGCAUGUUAAUGACUAUCGGACAGAUUUGAAAAUAUCUUAUUCUGCCCGUCCGUUAUGUACCGCUCUACUGACCGCCUUCCAGGGUAAAAGUUCUGUCAGGCCCCAACAAAAAUCUGGAUUAUGCCCAGUGCCGGCACACCUCUUAACUCAAGUGAGGGCGGCAAAGUCGAGGAAAGACAAUCCCAAGGCCUCAGCGAUCCUGAGGCCAGCAUGGCCAUCGACUGUGUCCUGCGCCCAGACCGGUCCUAGGACCACGGACCCAGGACCUGAAGGGCCCUCUGUCCACUGUACCAGGCAGAAAGAGGGAGGUGUAAGGAUCCAUAUGUAG